AUGAGAGAAACUCAAUCAGGAUUUCAUGUCACAAUCCUGUCAGCACAGAACUUCGAUCUUAUCAUAAUCAAUGUCGUAAGCGUCACCGUUCUCACCUCAUACAUAAGUUCUUUGGUUGGCUGCUUCACUAUAUGUGACAACACGUUUCCCAUCAAAUGCGUGUCAGAAAACUUAACUUCUAUGACACCCAUCAAAGAUAUAUUUUUUGACUCACCAAACAAAAAUCAGAAAAAAAAUCGAAAGAUGAGGAAAAAUAUUUAA